GUGAAUUAUGAUGGAUUGUUAGGAACGAAAUAGCUUCGGAUAGCACUUGUGGCAUUACUAUACGUGCUCGAAUAUGUAAUUAAAUGUAACAUGAUUUAAUAACGUCAUUAAUGAAUGCAAAACCUUAUUUAUCAGCAAAGAAAUUUGAUAGCAUUGAUGUUUAAGACAAGACGACCAAAAUGGUUUCUACAGGAAAGCUCUUGUCAGCAGGAAUACUGUUUGUGAUCGGUAUUAUCAGUGGACUUGUGAUCCCAUUUCUAACUGUCAAAUGUCUCUUGAAGAGUUACAAGACGGCAGCUACAGGAUCUGUCUUUCGCCACAUCUUGGCCAUUCUGAACUGCUUUUCAGGUGGAGUAUUUCUCGCAACUUCACUUUUGGCACUCUUACCGAAUGCACAAAAGCAGAUGAACUUGGCGUUAAAUUCACCGAAAGAAUCCAUGGAUACCAUGUCGAUGCCAGGAAUGGAAAACAUGAAAAGAAUGUCAACAAUGUCUUACCCGAUGUCUGAGUUGCUAAUCGGCUUUGGAUUCUUGCUCAUUCUGUUUAUAGAGAGUAUUGCAGUGAUGUGCCAUCAGCAUCGACAUCGUAGGCAACACACAGAAUCAUUAGAAAAGAAGCCAAUUAUGACGACAGAAGAUGGUUGUCAUAAGUUUGCUUUAUAUCAAGCCACCCAAGCAGAUAAAACGCAAAACAAAGAAGCAAUGUCGGAUGCAAGUACAGAACAAAUAAGCGACGCCCAUAUGAUUGAUGAAGCCAGUAACGUUUCAUCAGAAGGAAUUACAAAUCUGCACAGCAUUGUGCUGCUAGUGGCCUUAUCAAUCCAUAUGGUCUUUGACGGACUCGAGCUGGGACUUCUACAAAGAGAUGAGGAUGUUUGGUCCGUUUUGUCCGCUCUUUCUCUUCAUAAAAUUCUGAUCUACUUCAGUAUGGGAAUCACGUUAUGUGAGAGUACAAGCACCUUUAAAUUUAUUGCAGCAAUGAUCUAUAUGUCCUUAGUUUCACCGAUUGGAGUCGGAUUAGGCAUUAUUGUCACAUCAAACGGCGAAACUGUUAUCAUGGCAACGGUAUCUGCGGUGUUGCAAAGCAUUGCAGUGGGAACAUUCCUGUAUGUGGCGAUCUUCGAGAUUCUGAUGAAGGAGUUUCAACCGGAUUCUUUUGGUAAUAGAGUAGUGAAGGCAGAGGCUGUGAUAAUCGGAUAUGCGUUAUUGUGUGCUGUAAUGUACACCAUGUAAUGCCUUAAUGUUUUAUACAGUAGAAACAGGUUACUGCCCCAACGUUUUGUAAUAUUUUUGUAAUAUAUUUGUAGGCUAAGAAAAAAACACGGCGAGGCUCGUCGAGCCGUUGUUUUAUUCGCGCCGAGUAUGAUAUGUUACAUAAACGAUAGGACAGUAACUUCUCUGUCUGUUUAUCUUUCUUCUACUUCCCCAUUGUUAAAGAUAGUUAUUAAGCUGCAUUUUAGCGGGAGUUAUGAUGAUGUUUGACGUGUUAAUACAAUGACGUAACGUGCACUUGCGCUUACUAUUUGUUAAAUAAUUUUUGCUGUUUUUGAUGCUUCUUUGUAUAAAAUAUACUACGUCUUGGUAAUUAAUGGUUUGAUUUGUUGAAUGUGAUUCUAUUUUAGCGAGUAAUAUGACAUACCUCCUAAUUUUGACCGAUGUAUAGAGAACAAGAGAUGUGUUUGUCAGAAACACAAUGCCCCUUACUGCGCCGCUUUGAAGCCAUAUAUUUGACCUUUGACCUUGAAGGAUGACCUUGACCUUUCACCAUUUAACAUGUGCAGCUCUAUGAGAUACACAUGCAUACCAAAUAUCAAGUUGCUAUCUUCAAUAUAAUUGCAAAAGUUAUGGGCAAUGUUAAAGUUUUCGGACGGACGGACAGACUGACUGACUGACGGACAGUUCAACUGCUAUAUGCCACCCUACCGGGGACAUAAAAACAGGUUUCGGCCUGAUAGUUUUGUAAUAUAUCAGGCGAUUCUAGAAUACAGUUAAUGGCGAACCACUGUAAUGUAAUGUACGCAAUUGCUUAACGUGAGUGACGUAUCUGACACUAUGUUGUAAUGCUAUCAAUGCCUAAAUGUGAGAUAGUCAUGUAUCUGAGACUGUGUUGUAGUAUAUGCCAUGCCUUAAUGUGAGAUAGUCAUGUAUAUGACACUGUGUUGUAAUGUGCGCCACGCCUUAAUGUGAGAUAGUCAUGUAUCUGCCACUGUGUUGUAAUGUGCGCAACGCCUUAAUGUCAGAUAGUCACGUAUCUGACACUGUGUUGUAAUGUAUGCCAUGCCUAAAUGUGAGAUAGUCAUGUAUCUGCCACUGUGUUGUUAUGUGCACCAUGCCUUAAUGUGAGAUAGUCAUGUAUCUGCCACUAUGUUGAAAUGUAUGACAUGCCUAAAUGUGAGAUAGUCAUGUAUCUGCCAUUGUGUUGUAAUGUAUGACAUGCCUAAAUGAGAGAUAGUCAGGUAUAUGUCACUGUGUUGUAAUGUGUGCCACGCCUUAAUGUGGAAUAGUCAUGUAUCUGAUCUGUGUUGUAAUGUGCGCCACGCCUUAAUGUGAGAUACUCAUGUAUCUGCCACUGUGUUUUAAUGAACGCCUCGCCUUUAAGGGGCCUUUUUCACGUUCUGGUAAAUUGACAAAAUAAAAAAGUUGUUUCAGAUUCGCAAAUUUUCGUUUUAGUUAUGAUAUUUGUGAGGAAAUAGUACUAAUGAACAUUAACCAUGCUCUAAAAUAUCCAUUAUUUGUAUCUUUUGACGAUUUGAAAACCUGAAAAUUAUAAAGCGUUGCAACGCGAAACGAUUGAAUAAUUCGGAAAGUUCUGUUGUUCUCGUUAUAUUUUGCGAAACUACGAGGAUUGCUUAUAUGAAGUAAAAAUUACAUCUUCUCAUACAAUGAGCAUGGAUGGCCGAGUGGUCUAAGCAGAAGACAUUUUACUUCAGGACUUCAGGGGUCAGUGGUUCGAGUCCUGUUGCAGGUUACUUUUUGCUUUUUUAAAUUGUAUUCUUGUU